AUGGAGUGUACUAAUACGAAACUUUGCGAAUCACUAACGGAAAACAAAACACUGAAAUGUCAGCUCGAAGAUCAACACGAAUCGAUAAAACUAUUGGAGUCAAUGAAAAAUAGACUACAACAGGAAAUAAAAAACAUCAAGGAGAACGAGGAGAUGUCGGCAAAAAUUUUGGUAACAGAGCGUGAACAGCAUGAACGGGAGCAGACGAUUUCUGAAAAGAAAUUAGAGUUCAAAGCUCAGGAUGAGCGUGAACUCAAGGAAUUAAGUAAAAAAAACUAUCGGAACGAAUUAAAUGUCUGA